AAGGAGGAGGGUCUUGUACGUACAGCCAAGUAAACAAAGCACAUGCAAGAUUCUCUGUUCUGACUGGCAUCAAAUCUGCACUGAAGAAGUAAGCUUCAACCACAACAUUAAAUCUUGGAGCUGGCACAGUUGGUCUAUUCUUGAUAGAAUCAUGAAGAUGACAUCUCGGAGACAUGCCCGUUAUCUCUCAAAUGAUCUGGACGACGAUGUUACCCUGGUUUUCCGUAAGCCUAGUUGGCAGCUCAGAGCCAGCCUUGCCUCUGUGUUGAUCACCCCUGUCCUCUACCAACUCUACCUCAUUAUGGUCACCAUCAGAUACAUACUCUUCUUACAAACUUUUUCCUCACCCCCACGUCCUGCUUGCCCUGUGGUUGACUUGAGUUGGACCGGAGUGUUUCCUUGUGAGCUGGGAUGGAGGGGGAGUGCACUGGUCGUUCUCAUUCUGUCAGCUGUGUUUAUCACCUGCUACUCACUCAUCACUGCCUGCUUGGUGAGAUGGAACCCUCGGAAACAAUGGAACUCAACCACAUCAGGUAAUAUUUACUGCCACAAUAAUUAUAAACGUCACUCUUACUUUCUAGUUUUUGAUACUCAAGAAAAGCCGAUCAAGUUCCAAGUGAGAGCUCAGAGCUCUAAUCGGCCCCCCACUCUCAGUCUGUAUAUACUGUUACUGAUAUUCCGCUUACUGUUACAGUCAGGAGAUGUAGAAGCAAACCCUGGACCAACGUUUAGCUCAAUUCUUACUCUCGAUGAUUUGAAUUCUGUUUACAAGAACCUGAUAAAAGCUGUUGGAAACUGGUUCAACCUGGGACUUGAUCUGGGAUUAGGUUUUGACACCCUCAAUAAUAUCAGUGAUAAACAUCGAGAUAAUCAAAUUCGUCUAUGUGAAGUGCUGGCUGCUCGCUUGAAGACUGGCCCUCUCACUUAUUCUGAAAUAUGUCAGAGUCUCAGAGCACCAACAGUUGAACGGAAUGAUGUCGCUGAGGCUAUAGAGGAGGCAUGUACAGUUGACGAUACUUCACCUGGGCCAUCUAAAACAAAUACGUCUACAAUGAAUCCUGAACCAACCAAUGAUGAUAUUUCACCUGGACCAUCUAAGAGGCAGAAAUUAUCCACAACGACUCCUGGACCAACCAGUGGUGCUGGACUCACAGAAACCUUGGAAGCUUCAAUGCUAGAUACGGUGAUAAAAGAUGGAGAUCUGAUUCAUUUGGCUACUUAUUUUGAUAGUGCUACACUUCUUGCUGCCGCAUUAUCACUAGACCCUCAUGAAGACGGUGAUGUAAAGCGAGCAGAGAACACAAGGGUUGCAGUACAUCUAUGCUUGAAAUGCUGGAAGAGAAGGAAACCCAAAGAAGCGACAUUUCAAGCACUUCUAACUAUUGUCCGCCGUCUGGGAAAAGAGGACACAGCCACCAGCAUUGAAGAAUAUUCAAAACGUGAACCAAUCAAUGACGAUACUUCACCUGGGCGGCAGAAAUUGUCCACAACGACUCCUGGACCAACCAAAUCCAAAUCCGAUAAUCGUUCCACCAUCCAACCAGAUGAAGCAAUAGGAAUUUAUCGAUCAUACUUAACUAGUAUUUACGAUACAAGAUCCCUCCCUGCUGAUGACAAAUAUCCUCUCCAGUGUGUUAAAGACUUUGUUAACCUAGAAUGUGCGGAUGUAAGUAAACAUUUAUCCAGAGAGGAAAUCGAAGAGUCUUGGUCAAAAAUAGUUCAAGGCAAGCUGGAUAGAUUUCCAAGAGAGAGAAUCACAAUGGACCAGAUAGCUUCCAAAGUAAAAGGCAAAUUCUCUAAAUUAGUUGUCAUUAAGGGGGCUCCUGGAGGAGGUAAGACGACUUUGUCAUGGGAGCUGUGCAGACGAUGGGCUAAUGAUGAAGUUUGGACAGAUUACUCCCUCGUUGUAUUGCUCCGACUUCGAGAUGAGAAUAUUCAGGAAGCUGUAGAAUUAGUUGAUCUAUUUCAAUGUGAAGAUACUGAUGAUUCCAAAAAUAUUUAUACUAUUAUCCGAAAGAAUCAUGGGCAGGGCAUACUUUUCAUUUUGGAAGGCCUGGAUGAAUUGCCACCAUCCCUUAGAGAAAAAGACUCCAUAUUUAUGAAGCUAAUAACCGGACGUCUUCUGCCAGCUAGUACUGUGCUUGUUACCACUAGGCCCUGGGCUGUAUGUGAUCUACCUGUCACUUGUAGCUCAAGAGUUGAUCAGUUCAUCGAAAUCUUAGGUUUUUCUGGCGAACAAAUUAAAGAGUACAUUGAUCUAAUGAUAAAAAAUCGAGAGGCUCCACCAGAACUACGUGAAUACAUUAACUCUAAUCCACAUAUAUCUAGCGCAAUGUAUAACCCUCUUCAUGCCAGAAUUGUAGUUGAUGUUUACAAAAAAAAUUAUCACAAAAAAAGCAGCGUCUUUCCUACCACAACAACUGAACUAUACACUGCAUACUGUCAAGUUUUAAUUGAAAGAUAUUUACAUGACAAACCAGAGAGUGAUUGGAGUGACGAGCUUAGUGAGUUACCUUGGUCACUUCAGGUACAUUUUGAUAAACUCUGCCAAUUUGCGUACAUUGGAAUAACAAAAGAAAAACAACAGUUGGUUUUUUUCAAGGAAGAUGUUGUUGAUACUAACACACUCGGAUUCAUGAACAGUGUACAUCCUUUACAUAAUAAAAGCAACAGUUCUCCAUCUUACAAUUUCCUUCAUCUAACACUUCAAGAGUUCCUCGCUGCAUUUUACGUCUGGAAAAAUAAAACCCCACACGAGCAGUUGAUUUUGUUUGAAACGAAUGCUAAUGAUGGAUCAUACAAGAUGAUUCUGUUGUUUUUAGCUGGAUUGACUAAACUGAAUGACCCAUGGACACAGUGUGUACUUCCAACUCCUUAUGUGAAAGGAUCGUCAAAAGCCGAGAGAAUGUGUAGAUUCUCAAGUGAUCAAAUUCUGUGGAUCUAUGAAAGCCAAAAUGUGCAAGCCAUGAAGGACUUGUAUUGUAAUGUGCUGUAUGAACUACCGCUAGAUGAUUGGAGAAUUGAUCAGUUUGCACUUGGUUAUGUUGUAGCUUCUGCUCAUUUUAAAGUAACUCUAAUGGACAUGUUCAAGUUUAAUAUAAGUUAUGUGGAUAGAUCGAUGAUGUUAGCAGGAAUCAACAAAGUUUUGCCUUCUUUUACUCUAAGUGUAAGGCAUCUGAAAAUGUCUACCACAUUCAAGAUUCCAUCUGCUUGGCAUUCACUCACUGAUAGGAUACUACCAGAAUUAGAAAGCGUCACUAUCAGUAAUCAAAGAUCAGGAUAUAUUGACGAUAAAUUUGUUGGGCCUGAGGUUCCAUGUACAUUAAAAAUAUUUGACACUAUAGAGCUAUCUCCAAACUUAAGUGUUGUAGAGCUAGAUUUUGGCAUCUCAAGAGACACUGUGAUACGAAUACUUGAUAUUUUGAAGCCAAAACACUGCUUGAAAGUUUUGAAAUGUGCUCGAGUAUCGCCAGCUGAUGAAGAGUUGUUGUCUGACUUCAUUGCACAUUCUAGUAUUGAAAUGUUGGUGAUACAUUUGGUACAAGAGCCGUCUAUUAUUAACUCACCCAUCAUCAUAAAUACUGAUAAUGGGUGUAUUUCAAUUGGAUUGAACGUGACUGAGUUAAAAAGGAACAACACGAAAAUCUUGCCACAUUUACUGUCUGAAAUUUCAUUUACCAAUAACAAAGCAAAAAGAACGUUUCUAAAAACUGUUUUUUCAGAGUCUACCACCAAAAACUUAAUUUCAAUAUUAAGCCACUGGAAACUAAGCUUACAAUAUCUGCGAUGCUCUUCCAAAUUUCACUUGACCCCCGCACAAUCUGAGCAGCUUUUUAGUACUCUACUCAAUUGUCCGAUACUUAAAGAACUCGAUAUCCAAAGUGAAAUAAAGGGCCAAUUUGAAUAUUUCUGUACCCCCCAGCACUUGCAAUCACUAACUUUGUUAUGUCCUGAUAAUGUCUGUGAACUUUUACGUUAUCUCAAAGACAAUCGAUUACAUUCCAUUAAAAGCCUUAAACUUACAUGUCACCUUGACUGCGAUUUUGAUGAAGCUAUUGGUGAGUAUCUACAGACUGACACAUCUCUAGAGGAAUUGACACUGCAUCAUGUUUAUUUGAAAAGUAGCCUGAGUCAUUUAAUGCAGGGACUGCAAGUUAACACAAGUCUAACUAAGCUAAAUAUUUCACCUUAUAUUAAUUAUAAUGAACCGCUUGAUUUUUUAUAUACUUAUAGUAGGCACUCAGAUUAUGAUUAUGAUUUCGGAACGUUUCAACUUAAUACAACUCUACAAUUCAUUGAACUUAUGUUUUGUAUACAGUUGCCAGGGGAUCUACUACCCGCCUUGGAAGCAUUGAGAGAAAACAAUACAGUUAAACACCUGACACUCUGUCUGUAUGUGCCACCAAUCAGUAAGUUUAAACCGUACACUGUUACCACUGAAGAGGCUGAAGCUGUCGGUAAUGUGUUAGCCAAGAACAAGACUCUAGAGGUGUUUCACCUCAAUGCUGAGAUCACCGACUACUCCCCAAUUGUCAGGGGGCUGUUGGAAAACAAAACCCUGAAAGAAUUCGGCACUUCUGAGAAUACAAAAAAGAACAUUGUCACAUGUCCCGAGUACGUUGAUGUCAGACGAAGAAUUGUGUUUAUGAAGAAGGACCCUUUUAAUAAUUAA